AGCGGCGCGGUCGAAGUACCACCCUUUCUAGCUACCAUACUAUCAGUGCACUAUGCAGCGAAUGUAGCUAUGUAGUACACGCAGAAGUACACGUUUACUUCGUUAUUAUAGCUGCUACACACGUCGUGCUGUCACGUCUGAAAAUGGCUGUCACUGUUCCACGUCUUGGCGCAGCUUAGGAUGUUUUACUAGCGAAUCAUUGCAGCUUGCAUAUCAAUAACUUCUUCCGACAUGGCAAAGAAAGCAAAGAGCAUGCUUGCUAUUACUUACCCAGGAUAUGAGAGUGGACACAAGAACUGUCCACCACCAUUGGCAGAAAUACCAGUGGCAGAAAUACAGUGGCAGAAAUACCAAGAGACACUCGAGCCUUCACACUCGAAAAACGUUAUUCCUUUCAGUCCGACACGAAAGCGAUGGCUGUGGACCUGCGCAUCGGUCACCUGGUUCCUCCUACACCCAUGCUUUUACUGCUGCGUUGCUCUUAUUUGCUUGUGCAUGCUGUCAACCCAACACCCCGUAGAGUUCGAUAUCAGAAGUCUUAAUGAAACUCUGAGACAGAAUGUUAUUGGACAAAAGUUUGCAGUUGAACUUACAGUGAACUCUAUUGGCAACUACUUGAUGUCAAACAACUUCACACUCCCACUUGUGCUACUCUUCGUCGGGUGCUCUGGAUGUGGAAAGACGUACACAAUGUCUCUAAUUUCGAGUACCUAUCCAUUAUCUGUGGAAUUGGUUGUCUCCCAUCACAUGACACCUGCACAUCUAGCCGAAAAGGAUUUUGGAAAGGAGAUCGUACACAAACUGGCAUUCAGGCAGACAAACGUGAUCACGAUUGAUGACGUAGCCCUAAACAAUGAUCCACUUUGUCAUCAGUUGGGCAGUCUGUUUGACAAGUGGGAUCAAGUUGUUACAGUGAGGACUGAACCCACAAUAUUCAUCCUAUCUCUCAGUGAAGAGCCAUCUGUGGUGGAGAACUAUGCACUGCUGAAGUUGCUGAGUGAUGAAGAAGAGAACUUGAGCGAACUUCAGGAAGAAUACAGACUACUACUACCAGAGUGGAUGAGCAGAUUCGAGGUCAUCCCUUUUGUGCCAAUGCGACAAAAGCACAUAGCAGAAUGUAUUCGAAGAGAGUUGGCAAACAUGAAUGAAAGUGAUUCGGAGGAACUGGUGGAGAAAAUCAUGAAAGAAAUGCACUUCUAUCCAACCAAAGAUCGGACAUUUUCAGAUUCUGGUUGCAAGGCAGUGCCAAUUAAGUUAGCUUUAGGGAAAUUCAGAGGGAAUGGCCUGUAUAGCACAUCCGUAUAGUCAGAAAAAUGAAAUCUGUCAAGGUAGACAGUGCACCCUUUGAAUUAUUUAUCAACUGUGAUAUUUCAAACAAGUUAUUUUUAAUAAACUCUUAUUCAAUA